UGUUAACAAUGGAAAGGAGAGAAGGGGGUCCCAAGUAGAAUUUAUUGUUUCUACUUCACUUCUCAUCGCAUCCAUUUUGUUUUCUUUUAAUUUAAAUGUUGUUCUGAAAUCUGAUGGCAUGCUUAAACAUGUACAACUCCGAGCACAAUGGUCAUAAUCAUCAUCAACAACAUCACUGCGCUUCAAUGAGCCCCAGAAUCUCUUUCUCGAAUGAUUUUGUGGAUGUCCAACAAGCCAUGAAGCAAGAAAGAAGCUCCAGAUCAGAAGCGCCAGUGUCCUCAGACUUCGAAUUUUCAGUCACAAACUAUUCUAUGAUGAGUGCUGAUGAGCUUUUUUCCAAGGGAAGGUUGUUGCCUUACAAGGAUAAUUGCAACAACCCUAUGCAAAGGGCCACCACCACUCUCAAGGAAGAGCUUCUUAUGGAUGAUGAUGGAUAUGAGGGUUUUUCUCAAAAGCCACCAAAGGGGUCGUCAACAAGGUGGAAGGGACUUCUUGGUCUGAGAAAAAGUCACAUUGGCUCCAAAAAGGUUGAGAAGAGUGAAGGUUCUUCAGACAGAAGGUCUAUGUUGGUCAAUCAGGGAGCUUCACUUAAUAUGAAUUCUCAGGAGCUGUUGAAUGAAGGAGAGUCAAGUGGCAGAGAUUUGGGGAUUGGGAUGUAAGUUAUGGCUGAAGGAAGUGUUGAAUUUGUAGAGGAUGGACCCCAU